UAAUCAAACCCACUAACCAUGCUUAAAAAAGCAAUUAAUCAUACCACUAUAAAUACUCCCUCCACUUCACAAAAAGAAACAUCAAAACAUUCAGCACCCUUUCACUACUAUGGAUACUAGUACUACUAUCAUGACACCACAGCUUCAACUUCCAGGCUUUAGAUUCCAUCCAACAGAAGAAGAACUCCUUGAUUUCUACCUUAAAAACAUUAUCUAUGGCAAGGGUUUACAUCUUGACAUAAUUGGGAUUCGUAACAUUUAUCUCCACGAUCCUUGGGACUUGCCAGGAUUGUCUAAGCUUAAUGGAGAGAGGGAGUGGUACUUCUUUGUCCCAAGAGACAGGAGAAAUGGCAAUGGAGGAAGGCCUAACAGGACAACAGAGAAGGGGUUUUGGAAGGCAACUGGUUCUGACAGGAAAAUUGUUAGCCUCUCUGAUCCAAAGAGGAUUAUUGGACUUAGAAAGACUCUUGUUUUCUAUAGAGGCAGAGCACCAAGAGGAAGCAAGACUGAUUGGAUCAUGAAUGAGUAUCGCCUGCCUCAUUCUUGCAACUCUACUGAUAAGGACAUUGUGUUGUGCAAGAUAUACAGGAAGGCAACUUCCUUGAAAGCCCUGGAGCAGAUAGCAGCAAUGGAGGAAGAGAUGAAGACAACUAGUUCAAUUACUUAUACUUCAACCCAUUCAUCUCCAUCUCCACCAUCAUCGCCACAAAUCUCUUCAUUGGACACCAUGUCAUUUUGCCAUGAAGAGUCAAUUGCACCUACUUGUGAACCCAAUUGGGUUUUGAAGCAAGAAGCAGAAGGAGAAGAAGAGAAAAAAGGACAGGCCCAAGAGACUAGUAAUGGGUCUUCUCUAAAAUUGCCAAUGGGCCUUGGAAAGUUGCCGGAGCUCCAAGUACCCAAAUUGUGCAUGGGCUUGGAAUGGAACCAAGACCCAUUCUUGUUGACACCCAUAAUUAGUCCUUGGCUCCACAAUUUUACCACUCCGACUUAUGCUAAUGUUCUCAAUUUCUAGUGGUUUCUGUAGAUAAUCAGUGAAGCAAAUUAGGUAACUAGUAGGACUUUUCUAGCUGUGUUAUCUCCUCUUGCUCAGUAACAACAGUGUGUUUGAGCAUAGUUUUUUAAGAGAAGAGGGUGACAAUAACUGUGAUCCCAAGUUUGGAAGCAGAGUAAGCAUGUCUAGUUGUUCAUUGAAGUCCCAAGUAAAAUCUACUACUUUGUGUUUUCCCCCUACUUUGUUCGUUUGAAGUUUAGUUUCUUUUUAUAAGUGCUUUCCAUGGGUCAUCCAUUGGACAUUAA